AACUCGCAACUCUAGCUCCCAGCCUCCCAGUCUUCCCAGGCGGCCGGCGGCGUCCUACCAGUCCAAGCCUGAAGCCUCCCAGGCCAAUCCUCCCAGGCGGCGUCCUCACUCCUCUCCCAGUCCCAGGCGGCAGGCGCAGCCGGCCAGGCGGCUGCAGGCACACGCGCACUGGCGCACCGCGGCACCGCGCACUCGCGCACCAGCAGGCAGCAGCCGGCCAGUCCCACUGCUCCACACCGCCCCGACCAACCUUCACACCUAGCCGGCCCAACCCCACGCACGGACGUUGAAUCAGGCUAGUCCUCCCAGUCUCCCACUCCCAGGCAGCAGGGCGGCAGGCGCAGGCGCGCAGCCACCAGCCGGCCAAGCGCUACCGCCUUUCCCCUCUCCUCCUCUCUUUUCCCCUCCCUUUUCCAGCACGGGGAGCGACCUGCGCUGCCGCCACGAUGCCGAAGCACUACCGCCCUGCGGGUAAGAAGAAGGAAGGGAAUGCGGCAAAGUACAUCACGAGGACCAAGGCGGUCAACUACCUGCAAGUUAGCCUCGCAAUCUUUAGGAAGCUAUGCAUUCUAAAGGGUGUCUUUCCACGUCAGCCAAAGAAGAAGGUGGAAGGGAACCACAAGACCUACUACCACACAAAGGAUAUUGCAUUCCUCGCUCAUGACCCUUUGAUCGAGAAGUUCAGGGAGAUUAAGGUCCAUCGAAGGAAGGUUAAAAAGGCUGUUGCUAAGAAAAACAGGGAUCUUGCAGACAGGCUGUUGAAUCGGCCACCAACUUACAAGCUUGAUAGGCUUGUCCUUGAAAGGUAUCCAACAUUCGUUGAUGCUCUUCGUGACUUGGAUGACUGCCUUACAAUGGUGCAUCUGUUUGCGGCAUUACCUGCUGUUGACGGUGAACGUGUUGAGGUCAAACGAAUCCAUAACUGCCGCAGGUUAAGCCAUGAAUGCUUGACAUUUAUUUCCGUGAAGGGCAUAUAUUAUCAGGCUGAAGUUCAAGGACAAAAGAUCACCUGGCUAACUCCGCAUGCUCUUCAGCAAGUAUUAACUGAUGAUGUUGAUUUCAAUGUGAUGCUUUCUUUUCUAGAAUUCUAUGAGACUCUUCUAGGAUUUGUGAACUUCAAAAUCUAUCAUUCAAUAAAUGUAAAUUAUCCUCCUAUUCUGGAUCCACGUCUGGAAGCUUUAGCUGUUGAGCUCUAUGCAUUGUGCCGAUACAUGUCUGCUGGUUCCAGAAGAAUGAUUGGGAAUUCACAAACUGACGAAGUAAUGGAAGAUAAGGAUGAGAAAAGUAAAGCUGAGGAAGUAAUUGAGGAAGAGAAGGUUGUGAAGAAUAAAGCAAGCUCAAAAGCAGAUGAAUCUGAGUUCAGAUUAGCACAGCUUCAACAUCAGCUCCCAACCAAUGAACCUGGUGCACUGAUGAAUCUUGUAGAAGAAUCAACUGCCGAUGAUGCAGAUGAUGAUGAUACUAAAGAUUGUAAAGGUUUAUUUAAGAACUUAAAGUUCUACUUGAGUCGAGAGGUGCCUAGGGAGUCCCUGUUAUUUAUAAUUCCAGCAUUUGGAGGGACUGUUUCAUGGGAAGGAGAAGGAGCUCCAUUUAAAGAAAUAGACGAAGAUAUCACUCACCAGGAGCUUCAAGAGAAAUGCCUAAGCUUCGGCAGCCGAUGCGUGCAGCGGCUGAAGGAUGUGUUUCAUUCUAUUGGAGCCAGCUCUGAAAAAUUUACACUUUCAGCUGAAAACUUGCCCAACACAUUAGAAUAUAUUGAAGGCGAGGUUGAAGCUCUUGACGAAGUUAUUGGUAGCCAUGCUGACUUCUGCGCCCUGGUAGCUUCUCGGGGCACAGCUACCGCUUUUCUGAAAGCUGGUUGCACGCAUGGAAAAAUUGUUAAUAGGCCCAACUACAGCUUAUCAUCAUCAGAUCUGAUAGAUAUUCCAAGCCUAGCUCGAAGUAUCGGAAAUAGAUUUAUGACCCAGAUUUGGGUAAAUGGCGGGCGGAAAAUGGCGGGUGACGAAGCUCGAAGUCAUCUUAAAAAAAUCCACCCGCAGGCAGCCACGACAAACAGUGGAGUAGUAGCAACUGCCACAAAUGCAGACGGAGGCACUCAUGACUAUUAUGGUGUUCUUCAAGACAUAACGGAGUACACUCUUGGUGGGGCCAAAGAGUUCAUGUUUGUGUUAUUUGAUUGUGAAUGGUUUGAUCCUCAACAAACGCGAGAGGAUGAAUUUGGAAUUGUGGAGAUGAUGAGGGUCAUGGACAAGCUCAAAGGGAAGAAGCGCGGAGAUCGUGGUGACUCCUCGAGGUCACGGUCGACUAGGGGUUCAGGUGGUGGGGAUACAUCCUCUAUGUUGUUCCAUGGCUCUACAACGUCAAGGCAACGGCUAGAGCAGCUCCUUGGUUGCAUGGAGGAGCAGGGGCGCGAAGUGGCAAGCCAUAGUGCACCUGGGCAAGAGCGCGAGGUGGCAGGCCAUAGUGCACCUAGGCAAGAGCGCGAGGUGGCAUGCCACAAUGCACUUGAGCCGGAGUGUGAGGCGAUAGGCUCAAGUGGACCUAUGCUAGAGCAGGACCACAAUGCAUUUGAGCAAGCGCGCGAGGCGGCAGACCACAAUGCACCUAGGCAGGAGGACGAGCUGGCACGCCAAGGUUCACCAAUGCGUGAUGAUGAUGACUAUGGAGAGGCCGAUGGAGAGGCCGAUGACGAGGUUGUUACAACGACACAGGCAACGAACUUCAGGUUUCGACGGUCCCUUAGAGUUCCACCGACACAACCCUUGGACCAACGCAGGGUCAUAAACCCUGCAGGAGAGAGGAGCUGGGUGGAGGUGGCAUGGAGUGGCAAAGGUCACCGGACACCAGUUAACACAGUGCUGGGAUCUAUAGCUCGUUUUCACUAUCCAGGGGUGGUACAAUUCAACGGGGCAGAGACAGGGGCGUAUCACUGGGCUCACUGGGGCCUCAAACCAUAUGGACCCGACUGUACUCACCAAGACGCAGUGUGGUCAUCAUUUUGGGAACAAUUUAGAUUAGACGAAACAACGAACGAAGAACAUGCAAAACGUGUAUUCCACAAUGCUGCUAGAAAAGUUAUAAAUGGUUCAAUGUCAGAUGCACGGGUCAAAGCUGUUACCAUGUACUUCAAGAAAGUGAAGGGUCAAAGAAUGACCAACAAGCAGGCAUGUGAAAUCCACUUGACAGCUGAGGAGUACAAACAAAGUGAAGUGGACUGGCUCACUGCUCAUCCUGAAGCUUGGGUCAAGCUCUGCGAGUACUGGGCCUCAGAUGAGUACAAAGUGAUUUCAGAUAGAAAUCGUUUGAACCGGAAGAGCAAACCGGGCCUCCAUCGAUUUGGAGCAGAUGGAUUUAUUGGGAAAUCACAACGAAUGGAGGCUCGUGAUGGUGUUGAACCCCGAUUCAUUGACGUUUACAUGGAGGGACACCGAGGUCCAGAUCCAGAUCAUCCAGAAGUUUUAUGUGAUGACAGCGCGACAGAAAAGCUGACUCGUUAUGCCGAGGAGGUUAGGAGGAAAGCAGGAGACGAUGAUCUAGAUUGGAGGGAGGCACCUUUCGAUCCGGAUGCAGCAUAUGUUGCUGGUGGUGGGCUACCACAUGGGAGGUAUGAUAAGAUCAAAGUUGUGAUAUAUAAAAACUAUUGGUUCAUAACUUGUGAUGUUUCUAGAUUGGGGAUCAGUGAUGGGGUUGUGAGUCGCGAUAGCUUUGGUCGUCGGUCUGUUUCCUCGGUGGGGAGUAGAUCUCGAACUUCAACUUGGAGCGUCUAA